CUAGGGAGAGGGAUAGGCAGUGAGCGCUCCCUCCUACAGCUUCUGCGCUCCCGGGUCGCCGGCGCUAGGCUCAUGGAGGCUCCGGAGAAGCCCAGGCCCCCUCCCGGAGGCUGUGAGGUCACCCCUGAGCGCCACAGGCCACGCUGCCUGCGGGUGCCUAACUUCCGAGAAGAGCUGAGGGCGCUCUUGGUCCUGGCGGGCCCCGCGUUCUUGGCCCAGUUGAUGGUAUUUCUCAUCAAUUUCAUAAGCUCUGUGUUCUGUGGCCACCUGGGGAAGCUGGAAUUGGAUGCCGUCACACUUGCAAUUGCAGUUAUCAAUGUCACUGGUAUCUCAGUGGGAUUUGGCUUAUCUUCCGCUUGUGACACCCUCAUGUCUCAGACCUAUGGUAGCCCCAACAAGAAGUACAUGGGGGUCAUCCUGCAGAGGAGCUUGCUGGUGCUGCUUCUCUGCUGCUUCCCCUGCUGGGCGCUCUUCCUCAACACUGAGCAGAUCCUGCUGCUUUUUAAGCAGGACCCAGAUGUGUCCAGGCUUACCCAUACCUAUGUCAUGAUCUUCAUUCCAGCUCUUCCUGCAACCUUUCUUUAUACACUACAAGUUAAAUAUUUGCUCACCCAGGGAAUCGUACUGCCCCAGAUAUUAACUGGAGUAGCAGCCAACCUUGUCAAUGCCCUCAUCAACUACCUGUUUCUCCAUCAACUGCAUCUUGGAGUGAUGGGUUCAGCGCUGGCAAAUGCAAUUUCCCAGUUCUCCCUGGCUCUGCUCCUCUUUCUCUACAUCCUCUGGAAGAAACUGCAUCAAGCUACCUGGGAAGGGUGGUCUCUUGAGUGCCUGCAGGACUGGGGCUCUUUCUUCCAGCUGGCCAUCCCCAGCAUGCUCAUGCUGUGUAUUGAGUGGUGGGCCUACGAGAUCGGAAGCUUCCUGAGUGGUAUUCUCGGCAUGGUGGAGUUGGGGGCCCAGUCCAUCGUCUAUGAACUGGCCGCUGUUGUGUUCAUGAUACCUACAGGCUUCAGCGUGGCUGCCAGUGUCCGGAUUGGGAAUGCGCUGGGUGCCGGACACAUUGAGCAGGCCAAGAGGUCCUCAGUAGUCUCCGUGCUGGUCACAGAGCUCUGUGCUGUAACCUUUUGUGUCCUGCUGUUAAGCUGUAAGGAUCUUGUGGGGUACAUUUUCACUACUGAUCGAGAAAUCAUUGCUCUUGUGGCUCAAGUGGUUCCCAUUUAUGCUGUUUCCCACCUCUUUGAAGGUCUAGCUUGUACAAGUGGUGGCAUUCUGAGGGGAAGUGGAAAUCAGAAAGUUGGAGCCAUUUUCAACGCCAUUGGGUACUAUGUGAUUGGUCUCCCCAUUGGGAUUUCACUGAUGUUUGCAACCAGACUGGGAGUGAUUGGUCUGUGGUCAGGGAUCAUCAUCUGUACGAUCUGUCAAGCUGUGUGUUUCCUAGGCUUUAUUGCUCGGCUAGAUUGGGAAAAAGCCUGUCAACAGGCCCAGGUACAUGCCAAUAUGAAACUAAACAUGCCCCAGGAUGGAACUCUCUCUCAGGACCUACUUUAUCCAGUGGAUCCUGAAAACCAUGGAGAAAUUUUAACCAGAAAUGUUGAAAAAAAAGACAAGGCCCAGAUGGAUCAGCAGAUGUACCAAGAAGGUCUUCGGGUCCAUCCAAGGGACAUGACAAAGUUGACAGGGAGACAGUUGGUGCUGCGGCGAGGUUUCCUGCUCCUGGGGGUCAUUUCAAUCUUGCUACUGGGGAUUUUAGUGAGAGUAUAUGUCAGAAUUCAGUGAUGUGGCAAGAGAGUCAGGUCAAGUGAUACUUUUGAGCUCACAAAUAAUCCAUAGACCCAAAGGCGGGAAUUUGUUUUGUUAAGGUAAUUCAACUGUGCCCAUGGACUUCAAGAACUGAGAGUUCAAAGAUAUAUUUUCUAAUGAGGAAAAGGAACUAAGGUAAAUACUAUGUUGUAGUCCAAGAUAAUGCCUUAAAGAUAACAUUAGAAUAAUAAUUCAUCCACCGCUGUCUCAACCAAGGACUACUGUGUACUGACUGCAUCCAUCUAUGGCUUUGAUACUCUGCUUCCUGUUUUUUAGACACAAACCCAUGUGAUGACUGCUUAAGGAUUGUUACUAUCUGAACUAUUUAAAAUAUAUGUUACAAUAUA